ACAUGCUAACGCGCAUGCGCUCUUCGCCUUGGCGGUCUCUCUGUGCCCCUCGUGAAAAUGGCUUCGCGCGCGGGACCUCGAGCCACGGGAACCGAUGGCAGCGACUUCCGGCACCGGGAGCGCGUGGCCGAGCAUUACCAAAUGAGCGUAUCACUCAAGUCUGAGAUUAAGAAGUUGAUCUACAUGCAGGUGGGCCUGUGGCUGUUGGUGGCAGCACAGAUGUGCGUAGCUCACUUCAAACUUCUACCCCAUGACAAGGUGGCCAUGCCUUACCAGUGGGAGUACCCAUACUUGCUCAGCAUCAUCCCUUCCCUCUUUGGCCUCUUCUCCUUUCCCCGAAACAAUAUCAGCUACCUGGUGAUUUCCAUGAUCAGCACCGGCCUCUUCUCAGUGGCGCCUCUCAUCUACGGCAGCAUGGAGAUGUUCCCGAUGGCUCAGCAGCUCUACCGCCACGGCAAAGCCUACCGCUUCAUCUUCGGUUUCUCUGCAGUCUCUGUCAUGUAUUUGUUGGUCGUGGUGGCAGUGCAAGUUCAUGGCUGGCAACUUUAUUACAGCAAAAAGCUCUUGGACUCCUGGUUUACCAGCACUCAGGAAAAGAAGAAGAAGUAAACAAGGGGUUGGCAGUCUCCUGAGGGAGAGGGAGAUAGUGCUCUUGGGUUUCUCUCACAGUCAUACUGAGCAAAUGGGAGAUCCAGGGGUUCCAGCUGCCUGAAUGAACAUUGAACUCUCGGUGUGGUUGUUUUCCAGCUUGUGUGAUUUACAACUGGGAGUUGUAGGCUUGGGUAGUGUUGAUUUGGAAGGGAUUUAGGGGAUCCUCCUUCCAAAGGAGAGGCAACUGAUACCCUUUAGAGCAGGGGUGUCAAACUCGUGUCGUCAUGUGAUGUAUCACGACUUCCCCCCCCUCUUUGCAUGGGCGUGGCCAGCACGUGAUGCAUCCGGCCCGUGGACCGGGAGUUUGACAGCCCUGCUUUAGAGAUAAUGCUUUCCUCACUUGACUUAGGCAGAUGAGACUCGCUGGAGUCUCCUGUUGGUUUGAACAAACCAAUAUCGAGCUAUGCCACAUGCACUUUAAAAGAUUCACCGGUGCACAAUAAUUGGAUCCUAGUAGGAAUAGGAAAGCAGCACACAGCACGGCCAGGAACUCCCUCCCUCCCUCCAACUCCCACUUCAGUAUAUUAUUGGGCCCAACCAAGAGAUGUUUGCCAUGUGUGGUCAUGCUUCCCGGAGCAGCUACUUACCCUGGCGGUAAGAGCUGCCACCCAAUUUUACUCUUUCUCCAGCCCUACCAACAAGGGACUGGUACAUGCCAAGCACUGAGAC